CCCAUGAGCAUCAAAAUCUAAAACUAAACGAAGCUUUUGGUAUUUGGACCACCUCCACCUCGAUUCAGGAGACUACGCCUCCCUCCUCCCAAAAGCCUACAAAGACGAGAAACAAAAGAAGCAGCGGCGCCGGCAGCAACCGGUCACUCCCAUUCCCACCAGGACAGUAGAAGACAAAAUGGCACCAGUCGUUGAGCUUAAUACAAGGUUUUAGGAGGCUGAAAAUGGCCGACUCAAAGUCCGUUGACGUUAUUCUGGACUUUCUGCGGAAGAAUAGGUUUUCAAGGGCAGAGGCAGCUCUUCGAAGUGAGCUUGGUAAUCGUCCUGAUUUGAAUGGUUUCCUUCAGAAGCUUACUUUUGAGGAUAAGGAUUCUAGUCAUUCGUCGGAAGCUGAAAACAGGGACAAGCUAGUGGUGGAAAAUCAAGGCUUGGGAUCUCGGAAUGGUGAUGAAGUUUCUCAGGAACUUAUAGUGAAAGAGAUUGAGUGUGGAACUGGUAGAAAUGGGUCUGAAAGCAAAUGGAAAAAUGCUACUUCUAUUGGGGAGUGGAAUAAAUCAGUUGAUGUGGCUGGGACAAAUCACAAGAGCUUUGCAUUCUCUAAAGGUUUAGAGGAGACCGUGCUUGAUUUAUAUUCUUGGCAGUCCAGUCCGAGCAAUGGACCCGCAGAACCUUAUCAAAGUGAUGGUGGUGGUAUUAUCAGCAACUUCCCAGAGCCUCAAAUAUCCCAGCAAUCAAAGAAUCAUACAACUGAAGUUCCCAAUUCAGGUAAAGCCAUUUUGAAAUAUGGAGAAGAGAUCAGCUUUUCUGGUGAAAAGAAAACCUCAUGGUCUGGAAGUACUAGCAAACCUAGUGUGGAAUUCAAGUAUGACAGAACCCAAACAAGCGAACCUAAGGAACUUGACCGACAACUUAAGACGAGUACCGCGUUCUUCAAAGAAAAUGCAGAAGAGUUUUGCUUUUCUGGUGAAAAGAAAACCUCUUGGUCUGGAAGUACUAGCAAACCUAGUGUGGAAUUCAAGUAUGACAGAACCCAAACAAGUGAACCUAAGGAACUUGACCAACAACUUAAGACGAGUACCACAUUCUUCAAAGAAAAUGCAGCAGAGAAUCCUUGGCCAAGAAUCGAAGAACCAACAAAUCCACCUUCAGAGAUGUGGAAAGAUUGUUCUGUCAAGACCGUGUUUCCUUUCUCCAAGGGUGAUGUGUUAACGAGUUAUGAUAGUGCUUCUGGUUCUGACAAAAAAGAAGGAAAGAGAAAAAAUGAGUUGACUGAUAUUAGGGCAACAAUAAAGGAGCAGGUUGAUGAGGUGGGAAGAGCUUUAUACUUAAGCCAGUCACAAGGGAGUUCUGAGCAAAAGACCAUUAGUAAUUUAAUUUUUCCUAUUUUGUCUGAGAAUCAAAAGGAAGAGUUCCCUAGGCUGCCACCAGUCAAACUCAAGUCAGAGGACAAACCAUUGAAUGUUAAUUGGGAGGAAAAGUUUGAGCGAGACGGACCUGGCCCAAAACUCAGCUCUGCUGACAAUGCUCUUCUUAUUGGGUCAUAUUUGGAUGUACCUAUUGGACAAGAAAUCAACUCUUCAGAUUAUGGUUCAGGUGGAAAAAGACCUGUAGGAGGCAGUUGGCUGUCUGUAAGUCAGGGGAUCACAGAGGACGCAUCUGAUCUGGUUUCUGGUUUUGCUACCGUUGGUGAUGGAUUGAGUGAAACGAUUGACUACCCCUAUUGGGACUCUGAUGAAUAUGAUGAUGAUGAUGAUGUUGGAUACAUGAGACAACCUAUUGAAGAUGAGGCAUGGUUUCUGGCCCAUGAAAUUGAUUAUCCUAGUGACAAUGAAAAGGGAACAGGUCAUGGGAGUGUUCCAGAUCCACAGGAAAGGGGCCCAACCAAAGAGGAGGAUGAUGAUCAAUCUUUUGCUGAGGAGGAUUCUUAUUUAUCUGGUGAGCGAUACUUUCAAGCGAAAAAUGUUGAACCAAUUAUAACUUCAGAUGAUCCUAUGGGAUUAUCAGUGACUGAAUUGUAUGGGAGAACCGAUGAGAAUGAUCUGAUAGCUCAAUAUGAUGGACAGUUGAUGGAUGAAGAGGAGCUUAAUUUAAUGCGUUCAGAACCUGUCUGGCAGGGCUUUGUCACUCAGACCAAUGAACUCAUCAUGUUAGGGGAUGGGAAAGAUGUGAAUGAGAAUGGAAGGCCAUGUCUGGAAGAGGUUUGUGUGGAUGACGACCAGCUUGGUUCAGUAAGAUCAAUAGGUGUGGGAAUCAAUAGCGAAGCUGCUGAUAUCGGCAGUGAAGUACGGGAAAGUUUGAUUGGAGGCAGUAGUGAAGGGGAUCUAGAAUACUUUCAGGACCAUGAUGUAGGAAUUGGUGGGCCACGGAAGAAUCAUCAGGACUCAGAUAAGAAACAUAUUGAUAGACUUGAGAAGGACAAGAAGAAAACUAGUAAACAUGAGGCAAAUAAAUAUACAGUUGAGAACAAUGAUGGUGCUUUUAGACAGAAGAAAAUUCAUUCAGAAGGGGGAUUUUCAUUCCCCCCACCACUGAGAGAUGGGCAAUUGGUGCAGGCAAGCUCUAGUAAACCUUUAUGGUCGAACAACUGCAAUGCUGUUGUAACUGAAGAACCUGAUGAUGAUAAAAUGCUUGCUUCGUGGAGGGAGAAAAGUAACGAGUCCUCACCUAGAAUGAGUUCUAGGGAUGAAAAUAAUGCUAAUGCUGUUAGAUCCACAAACUCGACUCCCUCAACGCUCUCUAAUUAUGCUUAUGCUGAAAGAGAGCAUGCCAAGCAAGAAGAAGAUGAGAAAAUUGCUGCUGUUAGGGAGGAAGAUAGGGGGGCAUCACUUGAGGAUGAAGAGGCGGCUGCUGUGCAAGAGCAAGUAAGGCAAAUAAAGGCUCAAGAGGAAGAGUUUGAGACCUUCAACCUCAAGAUUGUGCACAGGAAAAACAGAACUGGCUUUGAGGAGGACAAAAAUUUUCAUGUUGUUUUGAAUUCUGUGUUAGCUGGCCGCUAUCAUGUCACCGAAUAUCUUGGAUCAGCUGCAUUCAGCAAAGCUAUUCAAGCUCAUGAUCUACAUACAGGCAUGGAUGUAUGUGUGAAAAUUAUAAAGAACAACAAAGACUUCUUUGAUCAGAGCCUUGAUGAGAUAAAGCUUCUCAAAUACGUCAAUAAGCAUGAUCCUGGUGACAAGUACCACAUUCUUCGUUUGUACGAUUACUUCUACUAUCGAGAACAUUUGUUAAUAGUAUGUGAACUUCUCAAAGCAAACUUGUAUGAAUUUCAUAAGUUUAAUCGGGAGUCAGGAGGGGAGGUCUACUUCACAAUGCCACGACUGCAGUCAAUUACGAUUCAGUGUCUAGAAGCGCUUCAGUUUUUGCAUGGCCUUGGCAUGAUACAUUGUGACUUGAAACCUGAGAAUAUACUGGUAAAAAGCUACAGUAGAUGUGAGGUCAAAGUCAUUGAUCUUGGGAGUAGUUGCUUUGAGACGGAUCAUCUCUGCUCCUAUGUUCAGUCCAGAUCCUAUCGUGCUCCUGAGGUUAUCUUGGGACUUCCAUAUGAUAAGAAGAUAGAUAUAUGGUCACUUGGCUGCAUCUUGGCCGAACUUUGUACUGGCAAUGUACUCUUCCAGAAUGAUUCACCUGCAACUUUACUUGCACGGGUGAUGGGAAUCAUUUCCCCUAUUGAUCAAGGCAUGCUAGCGAAAGGGCGUGAUACAUACAAAUACUUCACAAAAAAUCACAUGCUUUAUGAACGGAAUCAGGAAACUAACAGACUGGAAUACCUGAUACCAAAGAAGACAUCCUUGAGGCACAGGCUUCCAAUGGGGGACCAAGGCUUCAUUGACUUCAUUGCUCAUCUGCUUGAGAUAAACCCGAAGAAGCGCCCUUCUGCAUCUGACGCUCUGAAGCACCCGUGGCUAUCAUAUCCUUAUGAACCUAUAUCAUCUUGAACGCUCCCACGGUCUGAAAUUCUCUUGGGAAAGACAACAUAGUGCAGUUGCGCUUGCAAUUUGGAGUUCUGGGCGUCUUAACUUAUGAAGGGGCCAACAGUUGAUUCCUCAAUGGAACUAGUUAUUUAUAUGGAUAGAUUUCGGCCCUUCACGUUGCUGCACGGUGCUUUGAAAGGUGUGUUUGGUUUUUGUUGGAAAUACCUUUCGUUCCUCCCCCCACCAAAGUUGUAUUCCAAAAUUAGCUGUAAUCCAAGAAUGUAAUUUUGCACGCACUGUAUUCUAUAGGUUCUUUCUUCGCUUUGUUUGGUCCGGUGGAGGCAGAGGAUCAUCUUGAAAUCUUCUUGUACAUGAUUGUGUGAUAUUCUUUUAGGUAAUUUAGUAGUUAUCUUGUGAAAUACUCACUGUCCAGUUUUGCUUUAGCCUUGCCACGCUACCGCUGCUUUGUAUAAGUUUUGAUCCGUA